CACAGAAAUAGUUUUCUAGUUCUGAAGACCAACACAUAAUCUGUAUAUAGGUGCAACUUUCAAGUGAUGGCAUCACAUACAGUUAAACAAAGUAUGUUAAUCAGAACAUCAGGAUGAAUUUAUUUUUUUAGACAUCAUGCAUGCAAGUACAGCCAAAAAAACCAACAAACCAUGAAGGUUUUUGUUGUUCCCAUCAAUUAAUCAUUUACUAUAUUCACCACACACAAAACAUGCUCCUGUCCAACCGCAUGCUGGUUAAAAUGGGCCAGCGGUUGGCAGCAGGGGCUUCAUCAAAUUGCAGGCAUGCCUCUUUUGAAAUAUCAGAGCCCUUCAAGACCUAUGAGUUACCUGAUGCCAAAAUGCCAACAAAGGCCUCACUGACAAAAGAGCAAGGUUUACAGUAUUACAAGGAUAUGCAGAUGAUAAGACGCAUGGAAACUAUGUCAUCCAACUUGUACAAGGAGAAGUUCAUCAGAGGAUUCCUCCAUUUGUACUCUGGCCAGGAAGCCAUUGCUGUUGGCAUGAAAGCUGCCAUGGAACCACAGGACUCCAUCAUCACAUCAUACAGAGAACAUGGCUGGGCUUAUGUCAUGGGGGUGGAACCAGUUGGGGUGCUGGCUGAGUUGACAGGCAGAGCUCUAGGUUGUUCCAGGGGGAAAGGUGGAUCAAUGCACAUGUAUGCUCCCAACUUUUAUGGUGGGCAUGGGAUAGUGGGGGCACAGUGUCCACUGGGUGCAGGAGUAGCAUUUGCUCACAAAUACCUUGAAGACAAAGGGGUGUGUCUGACACUCUAUGGUGAUGGAGCAGCAAAUCAAGGUCAGCUUUAUGAAGCUAUAAACAUGGCCAAACUCUGGAACCUUCCAUGUCUGUUUAUUUGUGAAAACAACUUGUAUGGUAUGGGUACAAGCACUGACAGGUCGGCUGCAAAUAAUGAGUACUACACCAGGGGUCACUAUAUACCAGGGAUACAGAUGGAUGGUAUGGAUGUCCUUGCUGUCAGGGAAGGAACACGGUUUGCAAUGGACAUAUGCAGGGAAGGCAAAGGACCAAUUAUGAUUGAAGCUAAAGCAUAUAGGUACCAUGGUCAUUCCAUGUCUGACCCUGGUACUAGUUACAGGACCAGAGAGGAAGUUCAAAAGAUAAGAAAAUCUAGAGACCCCAUUAACCAAUUGAAGUCAAGAAUGCUUGACUCUGGAAUGGCUUCUGAGGCAGAAUUCAAAGGAAUUGACAAGGAAAUUAAACAAAUACUGGAAGCAGCAAGCAAGAAAGCAAAAGAAGCCCCAGAAGCCACUGAUCUUUAUGGCGACCUCUAUGUCAAAAAUCUGGAGGGAAAGCUCAAGGGCACAACCAGCAUGGACUAUCAUGAUCACCAAAAUAUUGGAAAAGCUUGUAACCUGGAUUAAACACUGCUCUGCACUUACUUCAUCAGCCUUGA